AUGGCCUUGGGCACGGAGGUGCCGUGGUUCUCGCUGAAUGACCUUUCGAAAGCAAUAGACAUUGACGUUGGCAAGCGUCUCGGGGCCGGGAAGUUCGGCUCAGUCUACGUUGCACGCUGCCGUCGAACAGGAUUCAUCUUUGCGCUGAAAGUGCUGGACAAGCGUCAGCUCAUCAAGCACCGCGUCGAGCAUCAGCUGAGGCGAGAAAUUGAGAUCCAGUCGCACUGCCGACAUAUCAACAUACUCAGACUCUACACAUUCUUUCACGACGAGAGGAAGCGCGUGUAUCUCUGCCUGGAGAUGGCUCCUGGGGGUGAGCUGUAUGGCUUGUUGCAAAGCCGUGGCACCUUCUCCGAGGCCAGAUCGGCUUGGUACUUCAAGCAGAUGGUCGAGGCUAUCCAGUACUGCCAUGCCAAGCACAUCAUCCACAGAGACAUCAAGCCUGAGAACAUUCUCAUCGGCUUGAGGGACACCCUGAAGAUUGCUGACUUUGGCUGGGCGGUACAUGCGCCAUCGUCGCGCCGUGAUACCUUCUGCGGCACACUGGACUACCUUCCACCUGAGAUGGUCAUGAGCAAGAAGUAUCAUGGCAAUGUGGAUGUCUGGGGCCUUGGAGUGCUCCUGUACGAGUUUAUGGUUGGCAGGCCGCCGUUUGAGGAUACGAGCGAGAAGGGCACUUACCGGAAGAUCAAAACUGGUAUGGUGCAGUUUCCUCCGAACAUGACGAAGGAAGCAAAGGAUCUCAUCGGAAAGCUACUCACGAAGAAUCCAAGCGAUAGGCUCUCGCUGGAUGCAGUGCUGCGUCACCCAUGGGUGUCCAUCAACACGAGUGGAGACAAUGCUAAACGACUCCACGAAUACUAUGGAGGAAUUAUGUAG